GGCAUUUUUGACGUUACGCCCCUGCGCCUUUCCACGGGAAACCCCGAGCACGGAGCUGCCAACGCCCGGCGCAGAGAAACAAACAGAGAGGAUACGAUCUUGAAUGAGAAGAGUGGAUUGUUAAAAGCACAGCUAUGCAGACGAUCAAGUGCGUUGUGGUUGGCGAUGGUGCCGUUGGUAAAACCUGUCUAUUAAUCUCCUACACAACUAACAAAUUCCCAUCUGAAUAUGUACCAACGGUCUUUGAUAACUAUGCAGUAACGGUUAUGAUCGGUGGUGAACCUUACACCCUUGGACUGUUUGAUACUGCAGGUCAGGAAGAUUACGAUAGAUUACGACCUCUGAGCUAUCCCCAAACAGAUGUGUUCUUAGUCUGUUUCUCUGUUGUUUCCCCCUCUUCAUUUGAAAACGUCAAAGAAAAGUGGGUACCUGAGAUCACCCACCACUGUCCAAAGACUCCCUUUCUCCUGGUGGGGACGCAGAUUGAUCUGAGAGACGACCCCUCCACUAUCGAGAAGCUUGCAAAGAACAAACAGAAGCCGAUCACUCCGGAGACGGCUGAGAAGCUGGCCCGUGAUCUGAAGGCUGUCAAAUACGUGGAGUGCUCCGCUCUCACACAGAAAGGCCUAAAGAAUGUAUUUGACGAGGCGAUUUUGGCAGCCCUGGAACCCCCUGAGCCCAAGAAGAAGCGUAAAUGCGUGCUGCUAUGAGCACCCUUUCCUUCUCUCCCCUCCUUGCUCUGCUAAGGCUGGCCAACAGCUUUGUACUCUAAAAGCAAUGUAUGAAAGAAGUGAGUUUCAAUUUUUGCUCUGCAAUAAAUAUAUAAAGACUACCCUGCACACUCAAACACACAGAAACAAUGCACACACGUCAGUCACACAACAGGAGUCAGAUACAAGAUCGAGUUCCCUACCAACACAGCUAUUAAUCCACGAAUCUAGAGGGCCUUUUCUAGUUUACAUUUGAGAUGUUCUAAAUAUCUACUAGAGAUGCUGCCUUGACUUGAGAAUUUGCCAUUUAACCGAGUCGUAACAGCUACUGGCUCUUCGAGAGGUUUGAGUGGUUACUAAACCCGAGUGAACUUGCUCAUGCUUGUAGCGUUGUGAAUCGCCCUCUCUAGCUGGAGUUGGCCCUAACCCCUGCUUCACCCUAGGUCAUCACCAGAAGUGCUCGGAAAAAAUUUAGCUUCUUUUUCUUUGCCAAUAUUCCCACGUGAUAGACGGCCGAGUCAAUAACGAUGUAAAUAAGAGUGGUUUAAAUGUGUAUCGAAUGGUGGCGACAAUUGGUUGUGUCAAGCAGGGAACUUUCUAACAGUGUUAGCAGAACAAGUGGCAUCCUAAUGCGUUACCAGGGACCACAGAAGAUUUUCUCAGAAACUUGUUGUAAUGCAUGUAGGUAAGCCUCUGGUUUCCUUUGGAUAGGUUAACUUUAAUUAAUAAUAAUGUAAGCUGACAAAAGUUGUUGUAGACUCCACUUGUUUUUACCAAAACAUUCUCUUCUUUUUCUUUUUUUUUCAUUGUGAUCAUUUUUUUUUUCUUCUCCUGUGUUUUAAAUGGUUCUCGUCACUUUUGUCAUUAUUUAGGGGCUGGAUCCCACACAUUGAUCCACCUGUGAUAUACGGACACCGCGUAUUUCCCUUCUCUAAAGCAGUCAAUUAAAAACCUUUUCCUCAACUAUUCAUUGACCGAACCAAGUUUACUAUUGGUGUUGCGCAGGUGGAUCAAGUUCGGUCUGAUUUCCAGUCAUCACCCUUAUUUGUUCGUUUUGUUUUUGUUUUGGUGUUAAACCAAAUGCUAUGUAUGAAGUCUGUCCUUUGUACUGUAUAUGCAUUCUUUUAAAAAUUAUUAAACUUAUACCUUAAUUGCCUUUA